ACUGUAGCGACAGCUUUAGCGAUGAUUGGACGGGCCGCCUCAAUGCCAUAGAUACAAGCCGUGGACCACGCUCGGCCACAGCAUUUCAAGUUGGUACAAGUCAAGGCGAGACGAUGGACAAAAUUGAACGGGAUAACGACGGCGUAAGACAAACGGUUUGAUCUACUAUGUGUCAGGGACUCGGGAUAUCCAUGACAUACACAGUGUUGUACUCACAGUAUAAGAGACUCUACAUGUUAACGUCCAGCGAUCUGUGACACGUGUUUUACAUAUACACAGCCACAAGGACUUCUAUAUACAUUAUUAUAUACGCGAUAAGAGGGAAUUCUACAAGUAAAACAUAGUAUCCAUUUUCUUGAAUUAGGAGUUAUCACAAGAUAUCGUAGAGUUGACGUUUCUGUCUAUCGUGUCACGUUGAUCUAGUUGUGUGGUCUUAUAAGACAGAUCUCCGGCGUUUUUAUAUAUACUGAUACAGACAGCUCUACAAGUGGUAAACAGGCAGUAUACUGGUACAGACUACUGGUGGUACACAGGCAGUCUACUGAUACAGACUACUGGUGGUGGACAGGCAGACUACUGAUAAAGACAGUUCUACUGGUGGUACACAGGCAGACUUCUGAUACACACACUCAGACUACUGGUAAAGACAAGUCUACUGGUGGUAGGCAGACACACUACUGAUACAGACAGGUCUACUGGGGGUAGAAAGGCAGAAGUACAGUUACAGUCGUGGAAAUGGAGAGACAUGCCAUUCAAUCAACUCCUCGUUCAUUGGUGCUUCUGGUUGCGACAGUCCUGCUGGGAAUGAUUUCGUCACUUCCGUUUGUCAACGCCAGGCUCGACUUCGUUUGUGAAUUCGGGAGUAUGGAAUCCACAACAAGUAGGUACAUAGAAGUGGCCAUGUCUUGAGUUAUCCACAGCAAGUAGGUACAUAGAAGUGGCCUUGUCUUUGUGUUAUCCACAACAAGUAGGUACAUUGAAGUGGUCUUGUCUUUGUGUAAAAGAUUUAAUAACUUACACAAUGUGUGUAUAUUACUUGAUUUAAAUUGUGGAUAAUUUUGUGUGUAAAAGAUUGAGAAACUUACACAAUGUGUGCAUAUGACUUGGUUUAAAGUGUAGAGAAUAUUGUGCGUAAAAGAUUGAGAAACUUACUCAAUGUGUGCAUAUGACUUGGUUUAAAGGGUAGAGAAUAUUGUGCGUAAAAGAUUGAGAAACUUACUCAAUGUGUGCAUAUGACUUGGUUUAAAGUGUAGAGAAUAUUGUGCGCAAAAGAUUGAGAAACUUACACAAUGUGUGCAUAUGACUUGGUUUAAAGUGUGGAGAAUAUUGUGCGUAAAAGAUUGAGAAACUUACACAAUGUGUGCAUAUGACUUGGUUUAAAGUGUAGAGAAUAUUGUGCGUAAAAGAUUGAGAAACUUACACAAUGUGUGCAUAUGACUUGAUUGAAAGCUUGUAGAAAUUAUGCUAGAAAUAACACCAUUUAUUUUCGAGGCUAGCUCAUUGCUUGUCACAAACAAGGAACGUGGAGAGAGCACAAUUAAUGCCAGCAUUUUUAUGACGUCCUAAUCCCAAAAUAGCACUGACUCUGUACACAACGGGUAUUCGUAAAUGGCGUUUUUUGUUUUGUUAUCAACAACUUGAGCGUGCAAAACAAGGUCUCAAUUUUUGACGUAUUUUUACGCCCACGGGUGGUCCGCCUGAUCUUGACAUGUGAGCAGUGUUUCUUUCAGACAAUUUUCCAGGGGGGGGGGAGGAUUUUAGAUUGUUGGGGCUGGAGGGCAGUGACAGUGCCCAGAUGCGUAGCUAAAGGGGGGGGGGGAGUGGGACAGAUGGCGCCGUGCGCCGUACUAGUGGGGUGAGGGUUUUCAGUGCCUUAAAUAAACUAAAUUCACUCCGGUUUUGGCGUGCCCCAGGGUUAUCAUUUGACAAUAGGGGGGGGGGAGGAUUUUAGAUUGUUGGGGCUGGAGGGCAGUGACAGUGCCCAGAUGCGUAGCUAAAGGGGGGGGGGGAGUGGGACAGAUGGCGCCGUGCGCCGUACUAGUGGGAUGAUGGUAUUCAGUGCCUUAAAUAAACUAAAUUCACUCCGGUUUUGGCGUGCCCCAGGGUUAUCAUUUGACAAAAGCUUAUAUUCAUUCAACCACGUACUUUCACAGUGAUCAACUUGAGGGAAGGGGGAAGCUGAAAUUGAGGGUGCCGAAGACUGUCGGGCCAAUUCAAAAUGCAGGGAUAUAUUUUUGGCACGUACUUAAAUUCAAAAUUUCUUUCCGACAAUUUUUAGGGGAAAUUUCAGACUUUCGAGUAGGAGGCGCCAAAUUAGCCAUAACAACGAUAGGGUGCAUCUCUUACUCCUGACAUGAGCUAAAUUCAUUCUACUUGUAGAUUUUGAGGAUUUGACUUUUACCAUAGCUUCCCACUCCCUUUAAAUCUUAAUAGUCCCCAGAAAAUGGUUGAUAACUUCACAAUGCAAAACUGCAACUUAGCACAUACCCGAAUUUAGUUUUCUACACAUUAUUGGAAAGCAACGGCGAAACAGACAUUAAAAAAUGUAGUUGUCACUUGACCUCAGAGCCAUCAUGUGGGCGCUGCAAUCCAUACAGCUGCAGGAGGCCUAGGAUAUUUGAAGGGCUUAAAGUUGUGAUGAGGACAUUUUUUUAAAUGAUCCCUUUUGAAGGCCAUGUGGCGGAGGACAAAACCGAAAAGUGGCAGGGGGUCUCGAAACGUAAAGUGGCUCUGCUUGACCUUCUUGUGUUAUACAAAUAGUUUUUAAAAUGACUAAAUAGUAAUGUGGCAUUUAUUUGGGUAUUUGGAGUUCAUUACUCAAUCAAUAAAUGAAUUAAAAUAACCAACAAAACAAAUCAUUCCUUCCAAACAGGUUUAAAUCCUAAAAAAAUACAUGUUCACACAAAUUUUUUUUUUUUUUUUUUUUUUUGUGUGUUAAGGCUUUCUACUUGAUUCUCAUAUGAAAACAAUUUUUUUUUUAAAUGCAUGAAAAAUUUUUGGGAAGAUUGUUUAUUAUUCUAAUCACUGAUAUUAAAAAUUUAAACACAGAAAAGCAGUUGGCAAUUGAAUAAAUAUGGGAUAAGUAUUUAAAAAACAACAACUAUAUUUUUGAAACAUGAUAUCACCAUGCAAUUUAUAAUUGAUGCCUAUCCACACUUAAAAAUUCAGGCUUUUAAUGUGAAAUAUAAUUUGAAAACAUGUUGCAUUUAAAUUAGAAUUAGAUACUUAGCUAGAAAUAUAUUAAAAUCAUAGACCUUUAUAUUCAUGUAAAGGUAGUUUCAUGCAGUGUUAUUAAGGGGGAAAAAAAACAAUUUACGCGAACAACAAAAAGUAAGAUUUUGGUUCACAGUUAGAAGAGGCCAAUUUUCGGCACAGUACGAUAUUUAUAAUCGAUUAGAGUAAGCCUCUAAUAAGAUUAGCCUUAGAUAUCUAAGAUAGUCUUAGAUACGGAUCAUCUAAAAUCUAAUAUAUUGAGCGUAUCGAUAUUUCAUAGGUUCCACUAAUUGUAUGUAAUAAAAUAGAUUUCCGUUUUAUUGUUGUAUACAUUUUCCCCCGGAGAGAUGCCUCAAAGAAAUACUGCAUAAUGAGGCGCAGGUGGGCAUUUGAGAAGUACGUGAUCAUGUGGGGGUGCAAGUGAUCACGUCAGGUUUUCGUGAUCACGUGAAGUGAAAGUGGUCACAUGAAGUUAUGACCAGUGGCGUAGGGAGGGGUGCCCCUGGUUGCACUAACUACACUGGUUAUGAAUCCAACUUAUGUUAUGUCAUACCAUUUGGCUUCGCACCAUCACCUUAGUCACUGCUGCAGCGCUACCAGCACUACGCUCGCCACUCACGUCACACACACACACACACUGACGUAUAGUCUUAGAUUUAGCUUGACAAUUUUGGUGGCUGGUUGGCUUGGCUGUCAAAAUUAAUCACUUGCAAACUUGUGGAUUGUAGUUCAAUCCAGUUUGGUCCACAUAUUUAAAUUUUAUCUUGUUCUGACCUACGACUUAUGACCUAUGGCCUGCAACAAUUUUGAAUGCGCCAAUUAAGGGGUCGUUCGCAAAUUACGUCACGCAAAAAUUGACCUUUUCAGACCCCCAAUCCCCCCCUGUCACAAAGUGUCACGAAUUCUUUACACCCCCCCCCUUUUUUUUCUUUUACUUUUAGUGUCACGUCACACCUAAAAAAAUUCAAAACAUACAUAAACUUUUCAUAACUAAAAUAAGAUUUUAUUUUAUCCUUUAACAUUUUCCCACAAUGGAUUAAAAUGUAGAAUUAUUAGAAAACUGUGACGUAAAACAACGAAAUCCUCCCCGAGCCGAUUGUAAAAUGGCCACAACAGUUUUUGCGUCAUUUUUCGAUAUGCGCAGAAGGUGUGCGCGACUGAGUUUACCGUACUUAUAAUACCUAAGGUAAUUUCGAGAUCAAAUUAAUGUUUUUAAAUUAAAUUGAAUAAUGAUUUUUUUAAAUUAAAAAAUUUAGAUUAAAUUUUUUUUAAUGGUGACGUCACAUUUUUUAACCCCCCCCCUUCCACCUGCUAAAAAGUGUCACACAUUUUUUUCACCCCCCCCCCUCCCCCCGCUAAAAAGGGUCACACCUUCCCCCCCCCCCCCCCCCCCCCGAGCGUGACGUAAUUUGCGAACGACCCCCUAAUUACGUCGUUAAUGUUUGCGAAUUAUUAUAUACUAAAAUAAAUGUGAAUAUGUGAUAGAAAUGUCUCCCACGUUUUAGUAUGGCCCUUUUCGAGCCGCUCUAACUGCAGUGAAUGCAAAAUUCAAACCAAGACGUUGUUCCAUGAUACACUAUGGAUUAGUGGUAGCGACAAAUGAGCAGUUCAUUGAUUUGUAAAAUUUUAAUAUAUUUUUUUCUUAAUUUGGGGGUGGGGGUGGAUGGAGGGCAAUUACCAGAAUUUAUGUAAAGAUAAAUGAGUCAUAAACAACAGUGUCAUGCUAACGAGAACAAUCGGCAACACAAUCCGUAAACCUGGCCAACAAUAACCGGAACAUCUCACGAGAUAAUGGCAGGGAUUCGCUAAUGAAGCAAUUAUAGAACCAAUCAUGUCACGCGCCAACAGACUGUAUAGGUAUGCAGUAAAAAGAUUUGAGCCAAUCAAAGACGUUCAUUUCAGCCCCCCACCCCUCACACCUCAUUUAUCUUCUGAAAUUGCCCAGCCAAGCAAGGAAAUGGAAUAGCAUAGAAAUGAUAUUUCAACAGUGUACAUCAAUUAGAAGGGACACACUGAUUUUACGGGCUGACGAGACAUAUGCGCACAAGACAAACGUGUACACGAUAAACGCGCAUAACUGCGCACAUGACUGUUGCGCACACAAAAAAUUUCGCAAGCGGACAACUGCGGACACAGACGAUUGCGCACGUUAACAAUGAAACUAAAUUUUAAGCAACAUUUAUAGAGUUAAAAUGGUUCCGCUCAGUUGGCUAUUAGAAUAAAAGGCUACAAGUUUACGAAUAAAAAGAUAAUGAAAAUGCAAAUAUAAAUAAUUAAAAAAAAUAAAGUAAAAUUAUUUGGCAAAAUAUUUGAACACAAUAUUAUAUUAUUUAUAGAUACGGUACCAUUCUUAGAAAACAGAAGGUUUCUUUGGACCCAUGGUCCUUUAUUUUAUUCAUUUGUGUAAGUAAAAUUUAUUGAAUAAAUAUGUUGUAAAAUAAAGUUUGGAUUAGUCGUUUGGUAUUAGUUUUAGGAAAGGUCCUUUAAAGUUCUCUUGUUUUCACACCAGGAAGCUGUAUGCCUUGCACACUGUCUGUCUCAACUCUAAAUGGUGGAAAAAAACGUACAUUUCGUUACCCUCACUGUCAUCAUUAUUCAUAGCCAAAGAUUCUGCCAAAAGACGUUAAACAAUUAGUUUAGCGCUGACUGUUAAAAUAUUGGUUUCUAGGUCGAGACCCCUUCACGUAUUUCUGUCACCGAUGUCUAGGUCCACAAUAACACAGCAGCACUCUGCACUCAGAGUCAUGUUGUCUAGGUUCACUAUAACACAGCAGCACUCUGCACUGAGAGUCAUGUUGUCUAGGUUCACUAUAACACAGCAGCACUCUGCACUCAGAGUCAUGUUGUCUAGGUUCACUAUAACACAGCAGCACUCUGCACUCAGAGUCAUGUUGUCUAGGUUCACUAUAACACAGCAGCAAUCUGCACUCACAGUCAUGUUGUCUAGGUUCACUAUAACACAGCAGCACUCUGCACUGAGGGUCAUGUUGUCUAGGUUCACUAUAACACAGCAGCACUCUGCACUAGGGGUCCUGUUGUCUAGGUUCACUAUAACACAGCAGCACUCUGCACUCAGAGUCAUGUUGUCUAGGUUCACUAUAACACAGCAGCACUCUGCACUGAGGGUCAUGUUGUCUAGGUUCACUAUAACACAGCAGCACUCUGCACUAAGGGUCCUGUUGUCUAGGUUCACUAUAACACAGCAUCACUCUGCACUAAGGGUCCUGUUGUCUAGGCUCACUAUAACACAGCAGCGCUCUGCACUCAGAUUCAUGUUGUCUAGGUUCACUGUAACACAGCAGCACUCUGCACUCAGAGUCAUGUUGUCUAGGUUCACUAUAACACAGCAGAACUCUGCACUCAGAGUCAUGUUGUCUAGGUUCACUAUAACACAGCAGCAAUCUGCACUCAGAGUCAUGUUGUCUAGGUUCACUAUAACACAGCAGCACUCUGCACUAAGUGUCCUGUUGUCUAGGUUCACUAUAACACAGCAGCACUCUGCACUAAGUGUCCUGUUGUCUAGGUUCACUAUAACACAGCAGCACUCUGCACUAAGUGUCCUGUUGUCUAGGUUCACUAUAACACAGCAGCACUCUGCACUAAGUGUCCUGUUGUCUAGGUUCACUAUAACACAGCAGCACUCUGCACUAAGAGUCAUGUUGUCUAGGUUCACUAUAACACAGCAGCACUCUGCACUCAGAGUCAUGUUGUCUAGGUUCACUAUAACACAUCAGCACUCUGCACCCAGAGUCAUGUUGCCUAGGUUCACUAUAACACAUCAGCACUCUGCACUCAGAGUCAUGUUGUCUAGGUUCACUGUAACACAGCAGCACUCUGCAUUAAGAGUCACGCAACCAACUAUUGUAGGCAGCAACAUUGUUCUUUAUUCAUGGUACUGGCAAGACAUCAACAUAAUAGUAUACACAAUACCAGCCUCGGGGACUGACAUCAACUUAGGCAACGAAGACUCAGCGUGAACUAACUUCAACUAGCCACACACACACCUGGCUACUGUACACCAACUCUUGGACUCCAUGUGCCAACAAACUCACGUCUCGAUGUCACACACCUUUCAUUCACACACACUUGCAAUAUGCAUUUUCCCUUUCAUCCAAUCACAAUCAGCCACGAUACUACCCUUAACGUUCACUACUCACGGUAAAAACGGUUCACCUAAACCAGUGGUUCUUAACCUUUUUGGAGGUACUGAACCCCACCAGUUUCAGAUGCGCACUCACCGAACCCUUCUUAAUAGGAAAAAUAAAAUAUUAUUUUUGUUCUGAUUUUUUUUUUUUUUUUUGGACCUCCGCCGAACCGCUGAGACUGACUUACCGAACCCCUGGGGUUCGAUCGUACCCAGGUUAAGAACCACUAACCUAAACAAUAGUUAAUCUCAUUUGUUUCUAAUGUCUUACGGCCAUCACCAAGUUGUUGUUUUUUUUCGCAGCCUUGUAUCUACAAUGAAAUGCACAAUAUAUCAUCAAGACAUUUGACAAUAAGCAAAAGCCAAAUGGGGUUCGAUCGUACCCAGGUUAAGAACCACUGACCUAAACAAUAGUUAUUCUCAUAACUGUUAUCAUUGACACUGAUACAUUUACAAGCAAAGGCAUCAGCAUCUACAUUAAAAUUAAUUUUAAAAAAAAAGUACUUAAUCAAAGUAUGAAUGAAUAAAUUUCACUGAAAAAACUAAGGCUACAGUAAUGGUCCUUUACUGAGUUUACAAAAAAGAAAAACUUAAUAGCCUAAUAUUAUUUAUAGCUUAUUCAAUCUAAUAAAGGAAGUAUAUGCUAAUAGUACCAUCUACAGGCUGUAAUGAGCCGUUACAAAAUACAAUAAAUAAUACAAAUCUUUAAAUUUAAGUUAUUUGAUGAUUACGAUUAUAAAUAUAAGAUUAAGUAACAUUCUCUGUAAUUGUAUCAGACUCUAAAGAUGUGUCAUUAUCAGCCUCUAAUGAUUUGUCAUUAUCAGCCUCUAAUGAUGUGUCGUUAUCAGACUCAAGUGAUGUGUCAUUAUCAGACUCUAGAGAUGUGCUAUUAUUAGACUCUAAUGAUUUGAUUGUAAUGAUGUGUCAUUAUAUUAUCAGACUCUCUAAUGAUGUGUUAUUAUCAGACUAUGGUGAUGUGUCAUUAACAGACUCUGGUGAUGUGUCACUAUCAGACUCUAGAGGUGUGUCAUUAUCAGACUCUAAUGAUGUGUCAUUAUCAGGCUCUAAUGAUGUGUCGUUAUUUUCAUCAGAAGUAAAUAUUAAAGUAGAGGAAUUAUUAUUUUGAAAAAAAGUCGUUUUCUUCAUUACCAAACAUAAAGUGAACGUUUACCAGUAUAAAUCAUAUUCUUUCGUAGUUAAAUACUAAUAAUCUAUUUUUGCAGAGAUUCAACACUUGUCAGAUACUAGAUCACCUAUUUUAAAAAUAUUUUUGACUUUAAAAUGAUCAUUCACAGCCUUUCAUAAUUAUUAUCAGCUUGUACUUGUCUUAUCUGUUGGAAACCAACUGAAUUCUUAAUUCUUUACAUUUGCACACAAGUUCAUAAUUGCCAUUGUUCGCACUUGACCGUGUGCACGAUUUUCGUUGUGUGCAUCUGUGGGUGUGCGCGAUUUGCCUUGUUCGCAUCUGUUGGUGCGCGCAUUUUCAGUGUCCGAAAUUAUGCCUGUUCAAAGUUUUCUUUGCGCGGUUAUCGUGUGCGAGAAUGUCACGUGGGCGUUUAUCAAGAAACCGGGUGUCGGUAAUCAGUAUAAAAUUACGAAAUAGUACAGAAGAAAUAAUAACAGAAGUAAUACUGGUAAUGGCUCGCCACACAUUGGCGACACCAAUAAGUGAAUUUUCCAUAUACUUAACAAAACAUGAACUCAAGUAACGCACAUUUAAGUUUAAGAAUCCCCAUUUUUGCAACAUCCCUUCCCACAUGACGUCACUGCACACUUGUUAUUUCACGCCCAUGAACCCAUAUUCCGAUGUCCCAACCACGUUUAAACCGAAUAUUUAUUACACCAUAUUUAAAUUGAGAGAAAUUCAUAUCCAGAAAAAAAAAAAUAGUAGGCAUCAAACGCAGUUGCUUUACUAAAAAAAAUCAUUUAGCGUAGUUAUUGGGAAUUAUAUUUUGCGCGCUAUCUGGAAAUGGAAGCAGUCACACAACAAGCAAAAUAUGUAUAAGAGAUUUUAAAUAAAAUAAUUAAGAAAUUAGGUAAACAGAAAAUGCAUGAGCGUAAAUAUACUUUUACUUUUCAAUAUUAGUUAAGAAUAUCCAUGAGUGUCAUACAAUUCAUACAGCGAAACCUGGGGAUAGCUGUCCCAGGCAAAUGCGCCAACUCAUAACCGGCACGAAUCUGUUUUUACCCCUCCCCCCCCCCCAAACCGAAUAGCGCAUAUCCUGUCAAAUGCUUGGGGCACACUCUCGAAAAUUGCACCCCUUUCUCCCUAGUUUCAGUAUAUUAUCAGUGUCUUUAGUAUAGCAUUUCUGCUGCGAAUAAUAAUAAUACAUAGGAACAAUGCAUAUUUUCUAAGUUAAAAACUAUACAACAGUUAAUUCUUUUGCGUUUAUGAUGUGAGCGAAAUUCCAGGAUGAUGCUCAAUGCCAUAAAACUUAAGAAUGAAAAAAAUUGCUUAAAGUCUAUAUUAGACAUUCAAUAGUUGGAAAAAAUUGAAAUAGACAGGAUAUUUUCACAUUUUUGUCAUUGAUAAUAUCAUUUAGUCAUCUGUAUCUAAAUCAUCUGAUAGUAACGUUGACGGCAUUGCUCAAGCAACUCAUCUAUGUCCACAGCAUCGGAUGGCCGUAGAGUUGAAUUCUGCCGCACACACAUGGACCCCGCGUUCAUGACGAAAGGAGAUUUUAUCGUAGCCAGAAAAAAUGACGCUUGCUACGAAUGUGUUUGUGAGGAGGACAUUGGUCUGGCUUGUUGCGAGUAAGUAAUCUUUGUUUAAAUUAGGUAUUCUAAAUGAAAAUUUCAUAAUGAAAUUAGAUAAAAUUAAACUAUUCCCCUAAAUAGAGCUUGGCUUCAUCAGAAGAGAUCCACAAAUUUUAACUCUCUAACUCUAUCUCCAAUAUUUAGAAAGUUAUGAAUUUAAAAAAAAAUCAGGAACAGAAUUUUUAGACGCCAGGAAAGUGGAUUUUGACACCCGCUAUCUUCAAAAAUAGCCAAGUUGGAACGUUCAAAUCUCUUGCACACACAACCAGUUCUAAGUUUUACAUAUAACAAACUCAUUUUUUUUUCUCCCCGCUGCGUAAUUGUCGCCGGCUCAUUUAGAGUACCGGGUACUUAUUAAAAUACACAGCUUUGUGGUAGAAAUGUUAGCCAAUUAUUUUGAACACCAAAAAAAUGUGCUUAUUGAUACAUCCAAGCUUACAUCACCACUUCCUUUACCUCCAACUCCAAGCUUACAUCGUCAAUUCCUUUACCUCCAAGCAUACAUCCCCACUUCCUUUACCUCCAAGCUUACAUCACCAUUUCCUUUACCUUCAAGCUUUCAUUAACACUUCCUUCACACCCACGCUUACAACACCACUCCUUUGCAAACAAGCGUACAUCAUCGCUUCAUUAAACUCCAAGCUUACAUCACCAUUUCCUUUAAUGUUUUGGGAUAUAUUAGUUCAUAUUUUUUGUUAACAAUUUGAUGAUUUCCCUCCCCAGAUGUCCCAGGAGACGCCGAGGCUAAAGCUGUGCCAGACCCGUGAUCACGUGACCUACGUAUCAACGAGUCUAAUGUCCCAUAAUCCUCGUCACGGAUUUAGUUUUCCUUUAGUCUCACAUAUUCCAAAAUCUCUACCAUUGGAUCCUAAUAAUCCUAACGUGUGGUCCUUGGUUUAUGUUCAAAAAGUAUUAGUCCCUGAAAAGAUUUGAAUUAAAACUCCUCCAAAUACAUUAUUGCACCUCCCCCUUCCAUCCACACAUAUGAAUGGUAUCAUCAAAUGGAUGCUUUCAGACAAAUACAUUAUUGCAACCCCCCCCCACACACACACCCACCACAUGGUAUCACCAAAUGGAUGCUUUACGACCAUUUUUAAACUCAUAAUAGCAGCUUGGCUAUCUGAAAUAAACGAAAUGACAACUUG